UAACUUCUACCAUGAUUAAACCUUGACAAUGAAUAAAGUAUUAAAUCGUGCUUGUAUUAUUUAUAGGUACAACACCAUAAAUGAAUAAUGGCGCAAAGCUCCCAUGGAGGUAGUCACCGACGAAGCAGAGAGCAUGAUGCCCCCAUGCGGUACACAAACUCGGACUGGGAGGCCAAAGAGGCUCUCUACCAGAGAGAGCUGGAUGAGGCUCGCGCCAGGGCCACGCAGAUGGAGAAGACCAUGCGCUGGUGGUCCGACUGCACGGCCAACUGGCGGGAGAAGUGGAGCAAGGUGCGCAACGAGCGAAACAAAGCGAGGGAGGAAUCGAAACAACUCAAAACCCGAGUCGACACACUCUUGAAAGAAGUAUCCACCGUCAAAGCAGAAAAGAACGAUCUAGAACAGCAGCUCAUAGAAUUAAAAAGAGACAACGAAAAGCUUCUUAGUAUAGGCGAGAGCAGAAUAUUGGCCGGCGACCUCGUCACCGAGGAUGGCGUGGAACUGCGGCGGAAGAACGUCGGCUACCUCUCGCCCAACGAGCCCUCCAUGCGCCAGCGAGCCUCGCUCGACUCUCACAAAUUCUCCAAUGUAGACAAUGUCCUAGCUAACAAGUUGAGUGAGCUCAGACUGCGGUUAGACGAGACCUGCAAGAGUCUACAAACAGAGAAAGAUGAGAAGACCUUCCUUCUGUCCAAAAUAGAAACACUAACAGCAGAAUUACAUAACAUGAAGGUUGAGCUCACGCACAGCGAUAGAACCUUAGAAUCGACAGACUCGAGCCACAGCGAGGUCGAGAGACUUCAAAACGAGUUGCAAGACGAAAUAGCAGCCAAACAAGUUCUAGAAGAGAAGUUAGCAGAACUGAAAAUGGAGAUAGAGAGGUUGAAAUCUGAGAACACGAUACAGUGGAGUAAGAGGGAGUUGCUUGAGACGGAGAAUAUAGCAAUACUCAGGGAGAACAAAAAGUUAUAUGGUCAAGUGUGUGAGCUGAGGGAACAAAUACAUAAACUGAACAGAAUAUCGGAUGGUAGUGCUUACUUUAGCGAUCACAAUAGACUAGACUCCAACAUACUCUACGUCAGGAAGUCGAGCGCCAGUCCUCGCUCCCACGAGUCCAGCAACGGCUCCUCGGAAGUUAACCUGCACUACGACGCGAAAACUAACACUUCCGGUGAAGACGACGAACUAGCAAUAGUAGAGAGAAACGAUAAUCUGUAAGAAAUACCUUUUCCUUGAGAUCUGUGAGAAAGUUCUGUCAAAAUUGAAUUAAGAUUGGGCGACGGUCCGUGGUAUACGUAAUUUAUUCUUCUUUGAAAUAGUUCAAAGUAGUAAAGAGGUUGUAUUGAGUAUUCUAAUAUCUAUGGUUAGGAGAGUUUAGCUUUUGUGAUCUCAUUCACUGCACUCGGAUUUCAC